AUGGGAUCGUCUGGUUUCGUGAAAAAAGAAGAAGACGCAGGGGUUGCAGCUGCUGACUGUUGUUGUAUUGGAACGGGUUUGGGCCAGGUAGUCUUUGGUAUGGAAUUGUGGACGGGUAGGGUCGGGAAAUUGGACUUGCUGAAUGUUGAGGAUAGCAUUGUAUUACUAUUGUUGGAAUGGGCCGGAGGAAAUUGGGCCCAAAAUUGUUUUGGAAUUGGGUUUAGCUCGGUGUUCAACGGCCUAAUCCCGUGCCUUAGCUACGUAGUGAACGGUGGCAAGGUGCCACCGGCUUGUUGUAGAGGGAUCAAGUCCCUCUACGGUAUCGCCAAAACGACGGCGGACCGCCAAGGCGUUUGCUCGUGCUUGAAAAUGGCUGCCUCAAGUGUUAGUGGUAUCGAUUUUAAGAAUGCUGCUGCCCUCCCAGGAAAAUGUGGGGUGAAAAAUAUUCCCUUCAAGAUUAGCCCUAAAGUUGAUUGCUCAAAGAUAUCACACUGUUACGUCGAUCAAUAA